AUGUGGUAAAGAUUUGAAAUUGAGAAAUGAGAAUCGUUUGAUCUUAAAAUUAUGAAAAUAUAUAACAUUGAUUAAUUUAAGAAAAUUUGCUACUUUCGUGAGUAUGUUCGUGAUUUACUAACACUAAGAUAUCUGUAUUUAAUAUAUGUAUGUCCAAAAUCUUUUAUAUCUGGUGUAUAGCUACGAUUUAUAUGCCAAUUUAUUUAUUACGUACACCAAUGACAAAUUUUUAAUAAUUAAGUGACACAUUUUACAAUAUAAGAUUCAAGGUCGACAAGUUUUAUUGUCUUUAAUAUUUCUAAUAUGAAAUAACUCAUUCAUUAUCCUGAUUUGGAGUCUAUAUUUAUAAAGCUCCUGUACUUAAAUUUGAUGUACAAAUAAUAUGUAAUGUUUAUAUUUUUCUAAUAAAUGUGUGUGAAACAGUGUGAACAUUCUUGCUAAAAAAUAGAGAAGUAUAUAUCCUAUUACUUAAAAAAUAAAGAAUAUUUGUCAUAAUUUAUUUGUCAAAAUAUAUUUUUUUAUCCAAAGUCUAUACAAUUAUUUCUACACAUAGAACGAAAUUAUUGCCGACGGUGAAACAUCCCUUGCUGGAAAUCGGGGCCAAAGUCAAGCCCAGAUUCUUCAAAAGAUUGGAACUCUGUGGUAUUCGAACAAUGUCCACACAGGAGAUAAGGUCAGCGCACACGAAAUGAAACCGGUAUACGCAACGGUCCAAUCUUCAGUCCCCGUGCACCUUGCUUGGUUUCGCGUUCACAUUGUUUUUUCCGGUGCGGUCAGUGUCUGACGUGCCAGGGGCUGCUUCUCUUCGUUCCAAGUUACGUGAAGGAAAAAAGAACAACAGUCCCACAACAUCGCAAAAAUGUUCCGGAAAUUAUUGUUUAUGAUUCUAAUAUCAAACUUUGCUUCAUUCGGUGAUAACAAGGCCAUCGAAAGUAAUAUUGAUCGAACUGAUACUAUGAAUAGUGCAUCGAAGACUCGACACCGAUAUGGGAAUGAAAAUCUCACUAAUAACGCAAGCAGGAGUGAACGCUUAAGUGAAAGAGUGAUAGACUAUAAUUCUAAGAAGCAACCUGCAACAUUAAGUGAAAAUAAACUGUGCCCGUAUGAAAGCAGAGAAUUAUGUUUGAUCUUCUCUUUGUCGAAAAUUGCUAAAGUUCAAGUCGCUACUUUAGAUAACGAAACUGCGAUGGAUCGUAGUUUCAAGUCGAAUAUCUUCGAUGGAGUAUCUAAGGAGACUGGAAAUUCGAAAAUCAACGAAGAAAGAAGAGACAAAGAAGAAGUCCAUUCUAAUUUUGGUAAACGGAAUGAAGACAACCAGAACUCGUCGGAAAUACAGAUGAAAUCACCGAAUGUUCACUGUCGAGGAAUCCGAGAUGUUUAUAUACCAGAUGUCCAGCAGAAUUUACCAGCUUUCGCUUGUACAUUUGGAAAUAAUACUUUCAUCCUGUCGAGCGAAAGAUUUCUUCAAGAUCGACGAUCAUAUCUCGAUAUAAAAAUUGACCAACACAGAUUGCAAAAUAUAAAACUGACACCAAAAUUGCCCAAAGGUAACAGACUUAAAGCAAUACCAGUUACGCUGAUUUUAAACGUAAUCGAUAAUGGAUACAGAAUAGACAUAGAAAAUGAUGUUUCUACGAAACGAGAAGUCGAUCAGGCGGAAGGAAAUCGAUAAGAAAUUAUCAAACAUGCAUUCGUAUUGGUGGAAAGUUCAAAUACCCAGUGAUAAGUUUGAAUUCACUAUCUUUGGUUCCCUGAAGAAUAUACCGAAAACUCUUUGUAACGAAAGAAACAUUGUCUAUAAUCUAAUAAAGUUUUAACGAUUUAA